UUAGUCCUGGUCCGGUCCCUGGUUUAGUCCCUGGCUUAGUCCUGGUUCAGUCCCUGGUUUAGUCCCGGUCUCGGUCCCGGUCUCGGUCCCGGUCUCGGUCCCGAGCAUGUACCAGGUGGUCCCGGGGGGGGCGGGGGGCACUGACCUGGAUGCCCUCCCGAAGCAGCAGCACGCCCGCGCCUCUCGCCCGCUGGUCGGCGCCGGCGUCAUCGGGUUGUUCCUGGUGAUCGCCGCGGUAACGGCCUGGUGUUAUUACAUCGCGUCUCUGAGGAAGGCGGAGCUUCUGAAGACGCAGCUGCUCGACCUCAACAAGGACGGUUACAUCAUCCGAAACCAAGGGGGCGCCAUCGUCUUCAGGAUGCAGUUCAGGUCUGGGACUCUGGACUUGGACUCGUGUUCUAAGGAGGGUGAGAUCUUGAGCUGCAGUCGUACGACCGAUAACCGUCGCCUCUUCUUCUUCAUCGAGACGGUGCGGCCGAAGGACACGGUGCAGUGUUACCGCGUGCGCUGGGAGGAGACGGCGCCGCACGUGCCGGUGGAACACGCCAUGACGUACCGCCACGCCCACUGGUACGGCGGCGCCCUGUCCGCCACGCAGCACUGGCCCAUCGCCGUGUCCGGGCAGCAGCCGCCCAAGCCCUUCGUCACCAGCGACAUCUACUCCCACCGCCACAACUUCGGAGGGAUCCUGGAGAGUUAUUGGCUUUCUUCCAACGCUACGGCGAUUAAAAUCAACGGUUCCGUCCCGUUUCAUUUGGGCUGGAACGACACGGAGAAGACGAUGCUGUUUCAGGCUCGUUACAGCGACAGCCCGUUUCAGCCGGCGCCCAACGAGCCGCCCAUCGCCGAGCUGAGCUACCGCGUGUGCGUGGGCCUCGACGUCACCUCCAUCCACAAGUACAUGGUCCGACGGUACUUCAACAAACCCGGCAAAGUCCCCGCCAAAGCCAUGUUCCAGGACCCCAUCUGGUCCACGUGGGCCCUGCACAAGACCGACAUCGACCAGGAGAAGCUGCUCGCCUACGCCGCCGACAUCAAGAAACACAACUUCAACUGCAGCCACCUGGAGCUGGACGACCGCUACACCAAACGCUACGGCGAGUUCGAGUUCGACCCGGAGAAGUUCCCGAACGCCAGCGCCAUGUUCCAGAAGCUGAAGGCGGACGGGUUCCAGGUCUCGCUCUGGACGCACCCCUUCGUCAACUACGACUCCGCCAACUUCCACUCCUGCGUCCAGCGCGGGCUCUUCGUCCGCGAGCCGACGGGGCAGCUUCCCGCUCUGGUGAAGUGGUGGAACGGGAUCGGCGGGAUUCUGGACUUCACCAAUCACGAGGCGAGGGAGUGGUUUUCUCAGCAGCUCAAGUCUCUGCGCUCGCGGUACGGCGUCGUUUCGUUCAAAUUCGACGCCGGCGAAACGAGCUAUUUGCCGUGGAAGUUCAGCACCAAAGUUCCGAUCCGCGAUCCGAGUGUUUUCACCCGGCGCUACACGGAGAUGGUGAUUCCGUUCAACGACCGCGCCGAGCUGAGGAGCGGCUACCAGUCGCAGAACAUCUCCUGCUUCUUUCGUCCGAUAGAUCGCGAUUCCGUUUGGGGCUACGAACUCGGCCUGAAAUCGCUCAUCCCAACGGUUCUCACGAUUAGUAUCCUCGGCUAUCAGUUCAUCUUACCGGACAUGAUCGGCGGAAACGCGUACGUGAACCGCACCGACGGAGGACGCGCGUUACCGGACCGCGAGCUCUACAUCCGCUGGCUGGAGCUGUCCGCCUUCAUGCCGGCCAUGCAGUUUUCGAUCCCGCCGUGGGAGUACGGCGCCGACGUGGUCGAGAUCGCGCGUAAGUACACGGAGCUGCACCAGAGCAUCGUGGCGCCGCGCGUGCUGGAGCUGGCGAGCGAGGUGGUGGACACGGGCGACCCCAUCAUCAGGCCGCUGUGGUGGAUCGCCACGGGGGACGAGACGGCGUACAAGAUCGACUCGCAGUUCCUGAUCGGGGACGACCUGAUGGUGGCGCCGGUGCUGGAGCCGGGGAAACAGGAGCGGGACAUUUACCUGCCGGCCGGACGCUGGAGGAGCUACAAAGGAGAACGCUUCGACAUCAAGGAGCCGCUGCACCUGACGGACUAUCCCGUGGACCUGGACGAGAUCGCCUACUUCCUCUGGGUCUGACCAGAGUCUGACCCACACAUUUACGUACCGGGUUUUACGGACAAGUCGCACCAGCACAAAAACACUGAAUGAAGAAGAAGAAAACAUUUAUCAGGCCCAUUUUUAGAAGGAAAUUUAUUUAAAAAAAUCAGAGACUAAGGACAGACCCUCAUCAAACUACACCAAAAUGAUUUCAGUUUUUCUUUUUGGGGGCAUUUGUGUUCAGUCUUUCUCAGUCUCUUUAUAAGUCGAUAUUUAAUUUAACAUUUUCAAUUUAUAAAAAAAAAAAAUCAGAGACCAAGAACAGAUCCGCAUGAAGUCGCCGCCAUCAAACUCACAAACGCACAAAAACUGUUUCUGUCGUUUGUGCUGCUUUAGUUUUGACAAGAAUCGAUUAAUGAUUUUUUUUACAGAAAACCUCAAAAUGUUCUAAAACGACACAAAACGGAGUCAGUCGUUUGUGUUUUGUUUGUGAAAUGAUCUGAAGCUGUGGAAAAGUCUGUUUCAUUUUAUAAAAUAUGAAUCAAAUCCAGUUCCUUCAGACUGACACAGACUUUUCCACAGCCUCAAGUCGUUUCUCUUCACUCGUUUUGUGGACUUUUGUUAAAGUCUCUGUCGUCGGCUGAACCGAAACGACCGAAAUAUAAUUUACACCAAAAUAAACCCAAACGUUUGGUUUCAUUUUUCUGCUGUUUUGAGGCUGUUUCACAUUUUGAGUCGUCGGCCCAAAAUAAAACGUCUUACGUCUAACGUUCACAUCUUAAGAACCAGAAUCACAAAAACCACGAACGAAACACAAACAAAACACAAACGAUUGACUCAGUUUUGUGUCGUUUUAUUUCAUUUUGAAGUUUCCUGGAGCUGCUGAUCCCAGUUUGAUCUGUAAAAGAAUCGUUAAAAUCUACAAAACUGAAGUGGCACAAACCGAACUUUUUGAAACUGUCGUAGUUUUUGUGCAGGUUUGAGUUUGAUGGAGGCGACUUCAGACAUUUCCCGCGUAAAGUCAAGUUCUAGUAAGAAGAACAGAACAGAGAACGUCACGUAUGAACAGUUCUUCAGAAAGAUUCUUCACUAAAUCCGUUCAGUUCUUCAUCUUCGGUGUCACUUCUGAGCGACUCCGACACCUCGAGCUAAAUCGAGUUUUUAGCCCGACGAGCUUUUUGUGUUUUCUUCGUUUUCUUCCCUCAAGUUUCUCGCUCGUUCCAGAUUUUCUUUCUGCGGCUCGAUUCCCGUUUUCCCGUCGCUCGCAGCUCCUGAUUUUUUGGGGGACAUUUGUGUUGAGUCUUUCUCAGCGUCUUUACAAGUCGACGUUUAAUUUAACAUUUUCGGCGGGACAAGAGUACGGAGGCCGAGAGGAGAGGGUCACAACAAACGCACACGCCGCAACAAAUAC